AUGGACGAGCGGGCGGCGGCGGCCAAGGUAACCGAUUCGUGUGCAUUCAAAGCCGGGUUCAGCGGUAUCGCCGGUUUCGGUAUCGGAGCGGUGUUCGGGCUGGUUCUGUCUGGAAUCGAGUUCUCGUCGCCAGUAGACACAUCGGCAACAACAAAACAGCAGAUCAAACAGGUGUUCAAGGACAUGGGUGCCAAGAGCUACUCGUCAGCCAAGAACUUUGCAGUAAUGGCCGCCAUCUACUCGGGGUCCGAGUGCAUGAUCGAGAGCUACCGGGCGCGCAACGACAUCUACAACAGCAUUGCGGCUGGAUGCGUGACGGGCGGCACGCUGGCAGCCAGGACGGGUCCGAAGGGCAUGGCGGCUGGAUGCGCGGGCUUUGCGGCCUUCUCGGCAGCAAUCGACUGGUAUAUGCAUAAGGAUGACUAG